GAGUUAGAGAAUCCGAAUCAUCUCAGUCGUAAAUUGCGACAUAUUUUUUUGUCUCUUCAUCGUUCUAAAAAGGCCCUUACGAUUUUUCUCGCUAGUGGAUUUUUUUAAUGUGCACGCAAUGAAACAGUGUUAAAAAAAAAACAAUCCUUUCACGCUAUUAUACACGUGGUACGGAAAAAUCGGUAUUCAGUCAGUCGAAAAAAAUUGCUUUACUGCUGCAGCAUUACGUUCAAGUCAAUUAGUCAGAAAUUGUAGAAAAAGACAUUUGAAGACAACUAGAGUCUCUUUGAACAUAAACAUUUGUGUUUUCAAUGCGAAAAAAAAAUUUCGACAAUCCGAUCGAAAAACCGUUAAUAUUUUGUUCGCCAUAAUCUUGCGACUUAUGGACUGUGUUUCACUCUGAAGUACAAGAUCGAGUUGCAGUCGGGAACCAUGGCGUUCAUUACAACAGGAAUUCUCCUUCAAGUUCUCGCAUUUCUAGUCACGAUCAUCGGUGCAACGUACAUUUACCUUAAGCAUGUUGCCUACAAUUACUGGAGUUCAAAAGGGAUUGUUCAGUCCGAACCGAUGACACCAUUCGGAAGCUUGUGGCCGGUCUUCACUUCGCAGAAAUCUAUUGGCGAAAUGUUUCGCGACGGAUAUCUGCGGUUCAGGAAAAAUCGCAUUUUUGGAAUAUACUCAUUCCACAAACCUAACUUGGUUAUAUGCGACCCCGACAUCAUUCGUUUUGUACUGACAAAAGAGUUCUCACGAUUCCAAGAUCGUGGAAUGUACUACAACGAGGAACACGAUCCGAUGUCAGCGCAUCUGUUCUUGAUCGGUGGAACAAAAUGGCGCAAUUUGCGGAUAAAGUUUACCCCAACAUUCACGUCCGGUAAGAUGAAGCAAAUGUUCACCACGGUGAAGGACAUCGCGGACAAUUUGGGCAAGCGUUUAACAGAAGAGGUGCAUAAGAACGGACUGAUAGAAAUCAAGGAUCUCGUCGCAAGGUUUUCCACAGAUGUGAUCGCAUCGGUUGCUUUCGGAAUAGAAUGCAACAGUCUCCAAAAUCCAAACGCAGAAUUUCGCACGUGGGGUAAAAAGUUGCUGGAACCCAAGCCAGUCAAGAACACGUUAUUUGCGUUGUGUCCACCUGUGUUGAAGCUAUUUAACGCCAGUAUCACGGACAAAGGGGGGUCCGAUUUCUUCAUUAAAGCGUUCAAGGACACCGUAGAGUACAGAACGGCUAACAAUAUCGUUCGAAAGGACUUUUUGGACCUGAUUAUGCAGCUAAUGAACAAGGGUUACCUUCAGUCAGACGACGGCAAGGAGUCCGUGAUCGCCCCGGAAACCCGCGAGAAGAUCACUAUGCUGGAAGGAGCAGCGCAGGCAUUCGUCUUCUGGAUAGCCGGAUUCGAAACGUCAUCGACAACGGUGACACACUGCACUUACGAGUUGGCACUGAAUCAGGAAAUUCAGGAAAAAAUGGCCAACGAAAUAAACACGGUGCUGGAAAAAUUCGGAGGCUUGACUUACGAGAGCAUAAAUGAGAUGCCUUAUCUUCACAAAGUGGUCUCUGAGACCCUGAGAAAGUACCCAUCGGUUCCACUCCUCAACAGAGAAUGCAAUCGGGAGAUUGAACUGCUUGACACUGGCUUUGUCGUUCCAAUUGGAACCCCGAUAAUCGUGCCGGUUCUGGGGAUCCAUUUCGACCCUGACAUUUACCCUGAUCCAGACAAAUUUGACCCGGAACGUUUUAGCGAUGAAAACAUCGCCAAGAGGCACAAAUACGCUUACCUUCCAUUUGGCGAAGGACCCAGAAACUGCAUUGGAAUGAGAUUCGGCCUCCUCCAAACGAAAAUUGGCCUCAUCACGUUGUUUUCCAAGUACCGUUUUAAGCCAGGACCGGACACCAAGGUACCCCUACCAGUCGACAAAGGAAAUAUAUUGCACGGUCCUCUCGGCGGAGUGACUCUUAAAGUAGAAGAAAGAUACUGAUUAUAGACAUGAGAUAAUUUUGUGGUUUUUGCUGUCGCUGUUGUUUUUGUUUUUUCUGUUACGAUAAGCCGUUAUUUUUGGUAUGAUAACAUUUAAGAUUAAGGUUAACUACCUUGUUUUUUACCAAUGAUAAGGUACCAAUGUUUCGUGAAUUAUCAUUAUACUAGAUGUGAGUGUAAAUACGUAUACGACCUGUAGAAGUAAACCUAAAAUAUAAAUGACUUUCGUUAUACGUA